ACCCCCACGCCCUGGAUGCUGGCAGGCAGGCGUGCACGCACACACCGGCAGCUCCCUUCUCACUCUCUGCACCGCUAGCCCUCCUAGCUCUCCUGUAAGCCGGUGGAUUUCAUCCCGCAGCUGAGUCAAAAAACACAGCUAAAAUGUCUGACAAGCCCGACAUGACUGAGAUUUCUCGUUUCGACAAGACAAAGCUGAAGAAGACCGAGACAAAAGAAAAAAAUCCUCUGCCCACGAAAGAAACUAUUGAGCAGGAGAGGAAAGGAGAUGCCACACCUUGACUGAUAAGCACACGAAGAAAAGAAGCCGGGAUGCCACAGCAAAAAUGCACUUUGUUUUUCCUCAUCACAGUUUUCCGAUCUCCUACUUUUGUCUUCAGAUAAAGGUGCUCCCCCAACUCGGAUGGGUGGGGGGUGGGUGGGUGUUGGGGUCUCUUUACCCCUUGACAGCAAAAGGAUUAGCCUGCUUGCCUGUCUCCGAUAUGGCCAAACGGGGGAGGGAGGAGUGGUGUUGUGAUGUAGCAUCACGAGGCAGGCAACCAGGCUAUGAGGGGA